AUGUAUAUCUGUAUCCACACACUCAAAUCAGUCAACAUUGCAGAGCCUGUACCAGGAUCCAACCACAGCAGCGCAGGCUUCACACCUUUUGCUCACCAGCCAGAGCUCCCAGAUGAGCACAAAGAAGAAAGGGAUUUUGUGGACUAUAUCCAAUGCGGUGGUACCAUCAAUGACCUCAUCCUGUUGUCAUGGACUGAAGAGAACCCUGACCCUCAUACCAGAAGCUUCUACCAGUCAGCACUCCAAGUAUACCAAGACGUAGUCAUCCGAGUCCAUGAUGGUCUCCAUCUCCAGCUUCCUCCACAACAGUUUGUCCACAGAUCACUCAACAUGAAGUGGUAUCAAGCCUUGGCCUCUUACUCAGGGGAGACGGAUCCAAGAAUUAUGGAAUCACAGAGGAAGGCAUUGCAACUGCCCAAUCUGUUACAAGGGAUUCCCAUUCCAGGAAAACCGAGUCACCUGAGCCCUACUCACCGCCCGCAUCCUCCACCUCUGAAGAUGAAUGAAGACAAGCUGUCUGGGACUGGAUCAAGGCCAACAAUGACCCUCUCCCACUCCCCAAAACACCCCAAAUGGAGGGUGUCCCCACCUAUCCCCUCUACCAUAGUCCCCUUAGACCAGAUUCACUGA